UUAUCUAACCAUUCAACACAAAUAUCCCUCAUUAGACCUAAUUGUAAUUAGAAGGAAACUCAUUAGACCUUUUCAAAUAUAAACACCUAUAUCUAUAUAUAUUUUUUUACAAGUAAAACAAAAUUAAAUAGUAGUAGUAAUCGUCUUCCCCACUCUUCACGACUCCUUUCAAUUUCUUCCUUCAAUCCAUGGGAAGAAUUAUUAAUUUCAGAGAUCUCUUAGGACUCAUCAAAGACAAGGCUUCUCUGUCCAAAGCCGCCUUACUCUCCAAACCCAACGCCUUAUCCAUCCGCCUCGCCGUCCUGCGCGCCACCACGCACACUCCUUGCGCCCCACCAGAUGACCACCACAUCUCCGCCCUCCUCUUCCUCGGGGAAAGCUCACGCGCUACCGCAUCCCCUAUCAUCACCGCCCUCAUGGACCGCCUCCACCGCACCGGAAACUGCGUAGUUGCCCUGAAGUGCCUUCUGAUCAUCCAUCACAUCAUCAAGCGGGGACCCUUCAUUCUCCAGGACCAGCUCUCCAUUUAUCCGGCCAAUGGCGGAUACAACUACCUGAAACUGUCGGCCUUCCGCGACGGCGCCACCGCCACCACGUGGGCCCUUUCCUCAUGGGUUCGGUGGUACGCGCGAUAUCUGGAAACCCUGCUUUCCAUUUCUAGGGUAUUGGGCUAUUUUCCCUGCUCGUCUUCAUGCAGCAUGGUCAAAGAAAACCAAGUGCACAGAAUCUCGUCGUUCUUGAACCUCGACCUGAUCAAAGACAUCGAUUCCAUAGUUACACUGAUCGAAGAAAUCUGCAACGUGCCGGAUUCUCUUGCACGCGAAGACGACAUGCUGGUAAAAGAAAUCAUGGGAUUGCUGCUAAACGAUUACAUCUCAUCAGUUAAUGAGAUUUUACUAAGACUCGGCGAGAUAACCGAGAGGCUGGGUUGGCUGAGUUUCGGUGACUCGGUCGAGCUCGUCUGUGCGUUGAAGAGAUUACAAGAUUGUCAAGAAAGGCUAUCGGUUCUGUACUUGGUGAGAAAGCCUUCAAUCGAGAUGAUGUGGGGUUUAGUUCAAGAAUUGAAGGAUAAAGUUGGGAGUUUGAAGGUGUACAAAGAAGGUGGGAGUUUGCUGAGUUUGAAGGCAAGCGAGUCGGCCCGGUUCGACCAGCGAGUCCUGGGGGCUGUUGACUCGGUCGGUUUUCGAUCAGGAAGGUUUGAUAUAAGACAGGACUUAUAGUUUUCUUUGGUUGUUUUGAAUAGAACUUGUUACAUUUUUUGUGUAUUUUUCCUUUGAAUUUGGGUUACUAUAGAAAAAUAGGAUAAUUGCGUACUGCAGAUAUUAUAUUGUGUAAUGGGGAAGGUUUUGAUGAUUCAUUUAAUUAAAAAGCACAACCUGCCCCUUUGUCAGUA